UGGAACUUCCUGGAGUUCCCAAAGAUAAUGUUUGCGUGGAUGUUCGUGGGGACAAAUUAAUCAUCAAAGGAGAAGAUAAAGUACACGAGGCUUAUAAUACAGGAACUCGCAGCAUUCCUUUUCCUAUCAAGGUAGAUACUGAGAAGGCUAUGACAAAAUUUGAGAAUGGAAUUCUUGAAAUUAGAUUACCAAGUGUUGAAAGCACUACAACAAAAC